CCCCAAUAUAUAGGAAAAGUGCAAUAUUCAGCAGUGGUAUUUUCGUGUAAGUCCGGACAAGUAUAGCCGAGCUUGUAGUUUUGCUGAUGGAAUUAAUAUUUAAUUAAUAUGAAUGGUAACGAGUUCAGGAUGUGCGUAAUAAAGCCGACAAUGAUAUUACAUUUUAUUGCUAUCCUUGCAACAAGGCAGUAUACUUAUGUUUCAGGACUAUCUUGUUACGUCUGUCAAAGCCAGAGUAGGUCGACGUUGAGUUCGUGCGUUUCGAAUCCAGUGAAUUUUUCGAGUUCGUGUGAUUCGAAAUAUUGCACAAUACUUCGAAGAGAAUUAUCGGAUCCAAAGGGAAUUUUGACCGCGUUUUAUCGCGGCUGUGAAAAAAACCCGAAGUAUUUGAAUACGGUAGUAAAAACACCUUCUGCUACAACGUAUUAUCGUGCUUGUAAUAGUGACUUAUGUAAUACCGGGGAUGGCGUGGCAAGAGUAUCUACAACUACUGUUCUCAAAGUUGUCCGGGAGAGCAUAGUUGUUCCCGGACUUGGGGUAGCUGGAAACGGCGCUAUCAAUCUUCACGCUGGUACCAUCAGUGCCUUUUUAUUAAUCAUAGUAGUCUUUCUUCUGGUCGCUUAUUUUGAAUAAAAAUAUACAUAUA